AAAAAAACACAGAUAAGAAAAAAACCCAAAAAGAAAGAAAAAGUUCUACAGAUAAUGACACCAAACAUGGAGACCAGAAGAUCUUCAACCCUAAGUUUCCGCAAUCUUUUCCUUGUACGCUAAGAUUUCUUUGCUCUCUGGUUGCGGAUUCUGUGAAUUUUCUGGUUUUUAUUGUGUUUUUUUUUUGGAUUUGUUUGAAGGAAAUUAGGUACGCUAAGAUUUCUUUGCUUUCUGGUUGCAAAUUCUGUGAGUUUUUUUUUUUGGUUUUUAUUGUGUUUUUUGGAUUUGUUUGAAGAAAAAUUAGGUGCGCUAAGAUUUCUUUGCUCUCUGGUUGUUAAUUCUGUGAAUUUUGUGAUUUUUAUUGUGCUUUUUUGGAGUUGUUUGAAAAAAAAUUAGGGUUUUUUGGGCUUUGAUUUGAGGGAUUUAAGGUUUGAUUGAAGAGGAUUUUGGGAAGGGGAUUGAGGGAUUGAGGGGGGUUGGAGAUGGGGAGGCCGGCGGGGAAGAAGAAGAGGCAAUCAGUGGGAGGAGGGAGAUCGAAUGAGUCGACGCCGAAGCACAAGUCCAGUGAAACAAACCCUAGAGUGUUUGAUGAUGAUAUGAAUAUCUUCAUUGAGAUGGCGCAGGAGUUGAAGGAAGAGGGGAACCGUUUGUUUCAGAAGAGGGACCAUGAGGGAGCUUUGCUCAAGUAUGAGAAGGCUGUGAAGCUGCUUCCCAAGAACCAUGCUGAUGUUGCAUACUUCAGGAGCAAUAUUGCUGCUUGUUAUAUGCAGAUGGGGGCCGGAGAGUAUCCUCGUGCCAUUGAUGAAUGUAAUUUGGCUCUUGAGGUUUCCCCAAAGUAUAGCAAGGCUCUGUUGAAGCGGGCGAGGUGUUUCGAAGCUUGUGAUCAGUUGGAGUUGGCGUUUAAGGAUGUGGAUGCGGUGCUGAGUGUGGAGCCGCAUAAUCUUAUGGCUUUGGAGAUCUGUCAGAGGAUUAAGGAGGAAUCAGAGAAGAAGGGUAUCAAGUUGGAGGAGAGGGCUGUUGUGGCUCAAGAAGAGCAUGUUGUUGUUAAAGAGAAGUCGUUGAGGAAGAAGAAGAGCCAUAAGGUUGAGGAUAAGGCUGUGGUGGAGGAGGGGCUGUGUGGUAAUGGCAAAGAUGAAGCUACAAGGAUUGUCAAGGAAGAUAAGAAAAUUGUUGUUAAGGAAGAACCGGCUUUGGUUGUUGACGAAGAGCCUGCAAAAGUUGUGAAAUUGGUGUUUGGAGAGGAUAUACGAGUCGCUCAGUUACCAGCUAAUUGUAGCCUGUUACAAUUGAGGGAGGUCAUUCGAAACCGUUUUCCAAAGACGAGGGCUUUACUCAUCAAAUACAGGGAUAAAGAGGGGGACUUGGUUACAAUCACAACGACGGAAGAGUUAAGGUGGGCUGAAGAAUCUGCUGAUCCACAUGGUUCAGUCAGGCUGUACUUGGUGGAAGUAGAUCCAGGGCUUGAGCCGGUGGUUGAAGAAGAGGGAAAAGCUUCAGAGGGGCGGGGGCUUGAGGUAAAUCAGAACCAUAUUUCUGAAAAUGGGAGCACUGUAUUUGAUGAUGAUAAGAGUUCUUCCACCUAUAUCGAUCACUGGAUUGUGCAGUUUGCUCGGCUUUUCAAGAAUCAUGUUGGUUUCGAUUCUGAUGCAUACCUUUAUCUACAUGAGCUCGGGAUGAAACUAUAUUCUGAGGCAAUGGAAGAUGCUGUCACAAGUGAAGAGGCACAGGAGAUUUUUGAUAUUACUGCAGAUAAGUUUCAGGAGAUGGCUGCUCUGGCCUUGUUCAAUUGGGGAAAUGUUCAUAUGUCUCGAGCAAGGAAGAGGUUGUUCUUAUCGGAAGAUGCUUCCAGAGCAACAAUGCUAGCACAGAUCAAAUCUGCAUAUGAGUGGGCGAAGGCAGAAUACAUUAAGGCGGGAAAGAGAUAUGAAGAAGCCCUGAAAAUCAAAACCGACUUCUAUGAAGGCCUUCUGGCUCUGGGGCAGCAGCAAUUUGAGCAGGCUAAGCUUUCCUGGUAUUAUGCUAUUGGAAGCAAAGUAGAUCUGGACACAUGGCCUUCAUCUGAAGUUUUGGAGUUGUUUAAUAGUGCUGAGGAAAACAUGGAGAAGGGAACAGAGAUGUGGGAAGAGAUGGAGGAACAACGCCUGAUGGAGCUCCGUAAACCUACUAAGGAUAAGACCCUGCUGCAGAAGAUGGGUUUGGAUAAGCUUUUUAAAGAACUAUCAACAGAUGAAGCUGCAGAGCAGGCGACUAGUAUGAGGUCUCAAAUAAACCUUUUGUGGGGUACUAUGCUUUAUGAACGCUCAGUUGUGGAAUUCAAGUUAGGUUUUCCUAUUUGGGAAGAAUGUUUGGUGGCGGCUGUUGAGAAGUUCAAACUUGCUGGAGCUUCACCAUCAGACAUUGCAGUUAUGGUAAAAAACCAUUGCUCUAAUGAGACUGCUCAAGAAGGACUAGGAUUCAAGAUUGAUGAGAUAGUUCAGGCUUGGAAUGAUAUGUAUGAUGCUAAAAGGUGGAUAAGUGGUGUUCCAUCCUUCCGUCUUGAGCCAUUAUUUCAGCGGAGGGUUCCGAGAUUGCAUGGUAUAUUGGAGCAUAUAAUCUAUCAUAAAUCAUUUCCAGCAGCAAGAGAUCACAUUUACGGGCAUAAACAAGAACAGCAAGGAUAACCCUUCUGCUUCAUCUUAUCAGGUGUUUAUCUUGUUGAAUGAGAUAUUUUGCUAGCUGGCUGGGUUGUUCCAUUGUAUCAUGUUGCAUGUCAGUAGAAUAAAGGAAUUGUUUGCUGCUUGUUGAUCGGUUUGCUACAUGAAUUGCUGCUGGAACCCCACCACAAUAUACGAUUAUUCUUUUCCCAUAUUGGUGAGAUAAAUACGC